UUCAUUGAAACAGUCUUGUGAAGUCCUGUGACAUAGAUGACAUUCUGAAUUAAAGACGAUUUAUACACUUAUCUAUCGUAUAAAAAUGAAAAAGAACCAAAUAAAAGUCGAAGGCAACAAGAGAAGGUCCUGUAUUCAAAAUAUUCAACGAAUCCUUCAUGGACAAUUGUUGUUUGUGCUGACAUUUCUCGCAGUCAUUCUUGGAUUUAUAAUCGGAUUCGGAAUUCGUGAAGCUAGACCUUCUGCGGACUUCAUACAAUGGAUCGGUAUGCCAGGCGAUCUUUUCAUGCGGUCGCUGAAAAUGAUGAUCGUUCCACUCAUUGUUACAAGUGUCAUACACAGUACUGCUUCUUUAGACCCAAAAUCAAACGGCAGAAUAGGCCUGGUAUCCAUCACGUACAUAUUGCUUACGAACAUGCUGGGUUGUAUGAUUGCCAUAACACUUAUUUAUAUCAUCAAACCAGGACGAGUCAAUGUUGCACACAACGAAAAAGUAAUGGUCAACAAAAUUGAGCCACAAGAUAUAUUUGCAGAUUUACUAAGAAAUAUUAUACCAGAUAACCUAGUAGAGGCAACUUUUCGCAAAACACAAACACAAUUCAAGCCUGAAAUUGUUUGGAUCGAACAAAAGAAUAUUGGCAAUUCUUCGAAUACCACUGCAGAUAAAAAGCAAACACUGGAAAUGGUCAAGACUGUCGGGAAAUCUGACGGACCAAACAUACUUGGACUGAUAUUGGCCUGUAUGUUCAUUGGAAUUGCAGCUGGGAAAUUUAAAGAAAAAGCCAAAAUAUUCAUAGACUUCUUUGCAAUAAGUGCUGAAAUUGUGUUGCAAAUUCUUCUAUGGUUUAUCUGGUUAACCCCCGUAGGCGUUGCCAGUCUUACAGCUGCCUCCUUAGCAGGUGCUAAUGACAUCACCGAGACGUUUAUAAGCCUGGGAUAUUUCGUUUUGACAGUUACCUUGGGUAUCUUUUUUAGCCAAGCCAUUCUUCUUCCGCUCAUAUAUUUUGCUUUCACACGAAAAAAUCCCUACAAACAUAUCCUUAGUAUAAAGCGGGCUUGGCUAAUAGGAUUCUCUUUCGGCUCAUCAGCUCUUGCAAUGCCCGAUUUAUUGCAUGCAUGUGAAAAUGUUAAUAAAAUAGACAAACGGAUCACGCGUUUUGUCAUACCUCUUUGUUGCUCAUCGAAUGCAGAUGGGAGUGCCCUGUUUAUUUCAGCUGCUUCUAUGUUUAUUGCAAAAUUUUCCGGUUAUACUCUGACAUUUGGAAAUGUCCUAAUCAUAGGAAUUUUGACCACUUUUUCAACACUUUCUUUACCUGCAAUGCCGAGUGCUAGCAUGGUAGCUGUGGUUAUGGUACUCUCCGCCAUUAACAUUCCAGUACACGAAGUUUCUAUGCUGUUUGCUGUUGAAUGGUUUCUCGACCGCCUCAGAACAGGAGCCAAUGUUGAGAGUCAUUUUAUCUGCGCUGCUAUUACAGAUCAUUUCUGUAGACGAAAAUACCGCCUAAAGGAGGAAGAUGUCAUAAUCUAUCCAGAGUCAGAGAUGGAACUCAUUGUCAAUUAAGAUACAAUGUAACAUAUUUGUAAUAUUCAAUUCUUUGAACCAUUAUUGACUUUCAUAGGAUCUUUGUAUACUCGAAAUAAACACACACUUACGUCCAUACAAUUUCACAUUAAUUGAAAAUGUGUCUCAUUCAAUUGAAAAUUUGAAUUUUUAACUUGAAUCAUUGAUACAUGUAUUUCUGUAAAGGAAAUAUUAUCCCCACAAAUCAGUCAGAUUUUGAAGCCAGAUAUUAGUAUUUUGUAGCGUUUUUAAACGUAUUUUAUUUUAUAUUUCAGAUUUUAUAUAUAUAUAUAUAUUUCCUUUGUAUUGAUUGCUAAUUACUUUAUGUACAUGU